AUGGACGAAUGGACCAGAGAAAGAAAAAGGAAAAAGGAGCGGAUUAACCCGCUGUUUACCCCGAUGAAGGACGUCGCCCAGCUUAGGGGUGAGCUGGCAAAACGCAAAUUGUUCCCACGAUUCAAAAUCUGUAGCGUUGGAACAAAGAUCAUGUGCUCCAGCCUACAGCAGUACAAGUCGGUUGUUUUACAAGGUCUGCCGUCGUACGAAGCGGCUACCGUAAAAGAAGAACUGGUGAGGCUCGGAUUGAAACCAGAGGCAGUCCACCCAAUGAAUCGACGGCCUAUGCUCAAUACAAACUAUCAUGACCAACUGUUUCUGGUCCACCUCACGAAGGACUCCACCACCCUUGCUGCGCUGUUUCAGGUCAUUAUCGACUGGGAAUACUACAAGCCGCAACACCGUGAUGUGACCCAAUGCACAAGUUGCCUCUCCUUCGGCCAUGGCCCGAAGAACUGUCAUAUGAAACCACGCUGCGACAAGUGUGCUAUGGCCCACUUGACGGCGACCUGUGCUCCAGCUGAUGACACCGACCCGAAGUGCGUGAAUUGCGGCGGAACUCACCGUGCCACUACUCGGGACUGUCCCAAGCGAACGGAAUUCAUCACCAUGAGGAAGAAGGUGGCUACUAACAACCAGCCAGGCCGGCAUCGAAAUAAACGUGUACCACCAGCCAUCACGGCCAAACAAUACCCGGCAAUCCAUCCUCGUCGUCUGGUCCCAAAUCUUCCACCACUACCUCUCAACAACAGUCAAAAAGCCGCGCCCUCAGCUCAGCAUCGCCUCACUACUGCUGCAGCUCUGCCAAAUCAAGCUUCUGCCUCGGCGCCUGGACUAUUGUAUGCCCGUGUUGCCUCAGGUGACUCAGUUGACGAAUAUCCGUUAACAUCAGAGGAACUAGUAACGCUGGUUGCAGAGGUGAUCGUCAUUCUGCGCACCUGCAAGACUCGAUCUGAACAGCUUCAUGCUGCCUUGUCACUCGUCACCAAGUAUGGACCGUGA